AUGGCCGGGAAAGAGGUCACACUGUCAGGCUGGGGCAAAACCGAGACAGGCAGCCUCUCGUCCUCUCUACGAGAAUACGACACCGUGGGUUACAGCCUUCCCGACUGCAUCAGUUUCUACGGUUCUUGGAUGAGGCCGACGCAGAUGUGCACGGACGGAGCGCAGAGGAAACACACGUGUUCUGGUGACUCCGGUGGCCCGGUGAUGCGCAUAGAAAACGGGAAGGUAUUUCAGGUCGGCGUCAUCAGCUUCGGAGCGUCGGCGGACUGUAAGGAUCAAAGUCCCGACGGUCAAAUGGAAGUGGUGGAAACUCUGGUCGCCGUGGCUCUCGGGGUGUUGGCAGCUGUGUUCCUAGGGUCGUUGGCGGCACUGGCUCUCCUGUGCUACCGGAGGGCCAGCAGCACGAAGCAACAUCAGCUGUUUUCCAAUCCGGAUAUGAGGUGA